AUGGUGUCCAAAUACUUUCUACUAUUUUUAAUUCCGGCGCUCGUCGAGUGUCGGAUAUCAGUCAAGAUAACAGCUGCUGAAUCAGAAUCAGAAGCUGAGAUCGAGUACGCUGGUGAGAAUGUGGAAAUCAUCAGCGACCGGGAACGGGAGACCUUCGACAUCGGAGACAGGAGCCUGAAGAGGGCAGUCGAUAAGUUUGCCAAUUCAGAGCCAACAGAUGUGUACGUAAAGAGUCCCACGCCUUGGAAUGACGUCUACAAGACUUACAAGUGGGAGCAGGUGAAGAGAGUGCUCCGCCCAAUCAGAACGAGAGUGCUAGGAGUGCACACCAAACCUGUCAUAGUGGCAACGCGAGAGUUCGAGAACCAUAGUGGCAUCAAAGCCAAAUACAAUGCUGCCAUCUUCCAUGAAAUUACGGAGACGUUCUCCAACACCUGGUCGGUUGGAGGAGAGCUCGAAGUUGGACAAGAGAUCACAUACAGUGUAAACUUCGGUGCAGGGAGCGCCGGAGGAACGACCAAAUUCUCUUAUGCGGCAAAAUGGGGAAAUGAUACGACCAGGGAGAAGUCUGCCACUCUCGGGUCUUCUACUAGCGUAGAGGUGGAACUGAAUCCGGGGCAGGCAGUGAUUGCGAGCCUCACGGCUACGCAGGGCACGUUAGAUGUUGAGGUGGACUACGAGGCGCGGCUCCAGGGUGUUGUGUUCGCCAACUACCGCAACAAGUACAAGGACCAUUACUUCUGGGCCUUCCCAAUAACCUCAGUGCAAUCCGCUGGAGGUCUACCUCGGACUAUCACUUCUACUGAGAAGAUUUCUAUUGGAUUCUACACAAGUGCGCGCGUCGAUAUCAAAGACAAGGUUACUACCGGUAGAUUGAAGGUCGCUCCUGCAGGCUUCGUUAGGACUAAACCACAGCAUCUCGGUUAA